AAGAAAAAAAGACGUGUAAAUUUCAUGUAAUCUCUUUUUCACAAAUUUAGAAACUUACAGUAUAUAAUAAAAGAGAUACCACCGAUCCUCCUGUCAGAACCUGAAAUUAACUUGUCCAUCUUGACACAACAAUGGCUGCCCCGACGGUUACGUGCACAUGUGGGGCUUGCUCGAGAUCCCGCGCAACGAUUCAACAAAUCUUCCAUAUACUAGACACAUACGGUUGGUUGUUAGACUCGUAUGUUGUGGAUUUUUUCCAAGAGCAAUUGUGGGAAAAAUUGCCGAGCAACUGGAAGAUCGUUCUGCGAACUGUGUCACCCGAAGAAUUUGGAGUCUGGUUAGCUGGCGACAUCUCGCGUACACGCGUGUGGCCUCUGUCACUGCUCGCACUUCGACGAAUUACGAAAGAUUUGCAACUGAAAAGAGAUCAUCGAGACAACGGGAGUAUUGUAAAAUGUGAGAAAACAAAUAAUAAAUUCGAAUUUAAUUCGAAUCUUAUUCCAGAAAACAAAGAUACAACUUUGUGUGAUAAACAAGUUGUGUUAAAAAAACAUAAUCUCUUUUUGAAGCACGUGAAGAUCAAAAAGCGUCACGAGAUACAACAGAUAGCGGAGAUAUGCGCAGACUGCGCAAAAGAAUCUAAUGCAAAAUGUAUUGUAGAUGUUGGAGCAGGUAUGGGCCAUUUAGCUCGGACUUUGGCAUUUAAAUACAACUUACGUGUGAUAUGUAUUGAACAAGAUUCGUCACUGUCAAAACAAGCCAGAAAAUGGGAUAAAGAAUUGUUCCUGUCGUUAUCGAAACAUUUGCCUGACUUGUCAUUAAAUUUUCCGCAACAUGUUUCGGUCAGAAUAGAAAAUACAGAUUCCAAUCAGACGGAGAUAAUCAAGAAUAUACAAGAAAUAUUUUCUGAUAAUUUUAAUUUAGAUGAAAAAAGCUCUGGAUUUGGCAUUGUAGGUUUGCAUCCGUGUGGAGAUCUUGCGGCCACGUUGCUGAAGCUUUACGCAUCUCGGGAUGAAGCGAAAUUUAUAUGUAUUGUGGGAUGCUGUUACAUGAAGCUAACAUUAGAACAUUCGAUUAAUGUUCUAAAUGGACACCCACUCAGUGAAUAUCUAUCGUCAUCGUCGGGAAAUCGCAAAAUGUCUUAUACGGCAUUGGAAGUGGCGUGCCAUGCUAUCGAAAUUUAUUGCGACAAACUGAAGACCGGAAACUACGAAGAUUUAAUUGUACAUGCUUACAGAGCUGCUCUGGAAACCAUUUUGACAAAACGAAGCGAGAAAUUACGUCGUAAUCAAGUAAAGAACGUUAAAGUGACAAAUUCCAUGACGUUUGAACAAUAUUGUACAGCCGCAACCGCAGACUUCGAGCCGCAUUUUCGGCCCACACGCUCAGAUUGUCAGGAUCCGCAAAUACAAUCUUAUUUAAAUCAAUGGCAGCAAAUUGUAAUAUUCGGAGCACUGCGAACGAUGUUGGCGCCAUUGGUGGAGACUGUGGUACUGUUGGAUAGAUUCUUAUAUUUGUCAGAAAAUAACUUGUCUCCCAUAUUGAAACCUAUUUUUGAUGCCAGAUUGUCACCUCGAAAUUUUUUACUGUUUUCAGUCAAACGUAACGAAUAAAGUCACCUAAAUCAUA